AUGAAGACAUCCCCAUCCCACCUCGUCCGCAACUUCCUCAAAGCCAUUCACCCACCGCUUCCACCCACGACUGCCCGUGAGACCAAGAAGCUGGUCGGUGUUCUUGAGUCCGCCUUUCAGAAGCAUCUCGAUGAAAUACACCCAUCUCCUCAGACCGCCUCUUCAGGACUUGGUUCUCACGAGUCCAACCCCAUACCCGAUCCUGCUCACCAAGCAACCCGUGCUACUCAUCUUCAUUUGGCCAGCUUACUUGCUCAUCCACUCUUGCAGAAGCAGCCUGCAGCACCAUCAACACAUCGCUCAUUGACUGCUACUGCGGUCUCGGAAUUUGAAAAUGUUGGGUCCUGGAAAGCCUACGAUUUUGCCCUGGUUCAGCGGUGUUGCCGAUUGUACUUGGAUGGAUUGAAGCGGAAAGAGAUCGUUCCUCCAGCACAACGUCUGGGCCCAAGGUUAUUGAGCUGGUACACUCAUAUGAGUACCACAGAGAAAUGUAACUUCCUUGCCGAUACAGAACUCCCGCCACUUGUCGUCCCCGUUCUCUAUGCCGACGAUCUGGAAGCUGAAGUCUGGGACAUGUUGCGCAUUUUAUACGAACGUCCUAGCCUGUCAAAGGCGUUUGCAAAAUCAAGCUUCUCGGUGGUUGAGCAAAGCAGAAUAUCUUCAUAUCACAGGGCUGAAGACAAUCUCAUCUCCCUUAUGAUUCAUCAGGCUACUUUCAGAGAAUCUGUAGUCGCUGGUGCUCAACAAUUUGUUCAGGCUUGCAAAUAUCACGAAUCGCGCAAUCCUUCCGAUGGAAAUCAACCUAUCAACCUUGGACGCAGCUGGAACCGUCUUGCUCAGGCAAUGCUCGACCGUCGGAGUACGUCUCGCAUUUUGCCAGAGCUUUUCGACGAAGUAGUCUUUUUCGGUUCGAGGUGUUUUCGGCAGUGGGCUUGGAGUCCCUCUUGCCUACAACUCUACCAUCCUUCUGUCCCUUCCUACAAGCCAUUAAUGACCUACUUGGAAUCCUACACCACGCAUACCAAAAAGUCACCGUGGGCGAACAAAGGUAAACCACUGAAAACUUUAGUCACAAUCAUCAAUGAUGCGGUUGCCCUUGCCGAGUCACAAGGCCGGCCGCGAGAUGCUCGAAAACUCAACGACAUUAAGACCAACCUGAUACCAAGCUCUUCAUAUCGUCCAGAAUUACAAGCGGCCCCACAAACAAAACACAGCGAACCCGCAACAUCGUCCGACACUAUACCAAAUCUUGGUCUCGCAUGGACUUGA